AAGUCGACAAAUUCACCAAGUUUUUGUCUAAAAAUUGAAUGUCAUCUAGUUCGCUACUUAGAUUUUCGCAACUUCUGUUGACCCCCAGUCGUUUUUAGAUAGAAAUUUAUAUUAAAUAGUGACUUCUGUGAUCGAUAGUGUAUUUAUUUAAAAAAUAUGCCUGCAUAUAAAGUUAAAGUAAAAUGGGGUCGCGAAACCUAUCCAGACAUUGAGGUGAACACGGACGAAGAGCCACUUCUAUUCAAGGCGCAGCUGUUCGCAUUGACCGGGGUUCAGCCGGAACGACAGAAGGUUAUGUGUCGCGGAACCCAAUUGAAGGAUGACGAGUGGAAUAUGCAAUUGAAGGAUGGGGCAACGGUUUUAUUGCUUGGAACGAGGGAGGAAGUACCGCAGGAACCGGUUGAAAGGCCCAAAUUUAUAGAGGAUAUGAAUGAAUCUGAAUUGGCAACAGCUCUUGAAGUGCCUGCAGGCCUGACAAAUUUAGGCAAUACGUGCUAUAUGAAUGCGACUGUACAGUGUCUGAAGUCUGUUCCCGAAUUACGUGAGGCUUUAUCAACAUACAAAGAUGAUUUUUCAGGAUCUUCACUGGCUGGAGCGCAGUCUAUAACCACUGCGAUGAAAAAUCUCUUUACUCAAAUGGAAAAAAACAAUACAGUCACCCCAAUUCUUCUUCUACAAACACUCCACAUGGCAUUUCCACAGUUCGCCCAGACUGGAGAAAACGGCACGUAUCGACAACAAGAUGCAAAUGAGUGCUGGUCCGAAAUGUUGAAAAUGUUGCAACAAAAGCUGCCAUCGCAAGAGAAAGAGAAUACCAGCAAAACUAAGUACAAUUCGUUCAUUGAGCAAUUUUUUGGAGGCGCUUUUGAUGUUGAAAUGAAAUGUACUGAGGCACCUGACGAGCCAGUAACCAAGUCAAAGGAAAACUUUUUACAACUGAGCUGUUUCAUUUCAGCAGAAGUGAAGUAUAUGCACAGUGGACUGAAAUCGAAAUUACAGGAGCAACUCACAAAAAAGUCCACGACUCUAGGACGAGAUGCUGUUUAUACUAGAACGUCGCUCAUUAGCCGUUUGCCUGCCUAUUUGACUGUACAAUUCGUUCGAUUCCAGUAUAAGGGUAAAGAAGGAAUUAAUGCAAAAGUUCUGAAGGAUAUCAAGUUUCCAAUUGAUUUCGAUGCAUUCGAACUCUGCACGCCUGAAUUGCAGAGCAAAUUGACUCCAAUGCGAGCAAAAUUCAAGGAGGUAGAAGACGCUAAUAUGGAAAAGCAAUUAAAAGAUAAAGACAAGAAUACAAGCAGCACGAAAAAGGAUGAGGUGAAAACGAAAACAGAGUCUUAUUGGUUUGAAGAUGAUUUUGGCAGUAAUAACUCCGGUUACUACACACUACAAGCUGUGUUGACUCAUAAGGGACGCUCAAGUUCAUCGGGACAUUACGUUGCCUGGGUACGUCAGAAAGGAGACACUUGGAUGAAAUUUGACGAUGAUGUGGUAUCACCUGUGCAGACUGAUGAUAUAUUGAGGUUGUCUGGAGGAGGUGACUGGCAUUGUGCUUAUGUUCUACUUUAUGGACCGAAAAUUCUCGAAAUUCCCAUUGAUGAAGAGACUGCAAAGAAGGAGCAAGGUGAAGCAAUGGUUACAGAAUAAACUUGAGUGUUCUUAAAUGUGUCGAACACUGCAAUUCUAAAAACGAUAUAAGCAUCAAGCUAUGCUGAGAAAAAAAAUGAAAGAAAGCAAAGAAAAACCAAACAAAAACCCAUUCAUGUUUUCUAUUUGUUUUUAUAUUAAUAAAUACCGAUCAUUGUCAUUUUCGCUGAGAA